GUAUGGAUCCUGGCGGGAGCCCAUCAAUCCCUACUACGUCAACUCUGGCUACGCCCUGGCCCCGGCCACCAGCGCCAACGACAGUGAGCAGCAGAGCCUGUCCAGCGACGCAGACACCCUAUCCCUCACGGACAGCAGCGUGGAUGGGAUCCCCCCAUACAGGACCCGCAGACAGCACCGCAGGGAGAUGCAGGAAAGCGUCCAGGUCAACGGGCGGGUGCCUCUGCCUCAUAUCCCUCGCACAUACCGGGUACCCAAGGAGAUCCGUGUGGAGCCGCAGAAGUUCGCCGAGGAGCUCAUCCACCGGCUGGAGGCUGUGCAGCGCACACGGGAGGCUGAGGAGAAGCUGGAGGAACGGCUGAAACGCGUGCGGAUGGAGGAGGAAGGUGAGGAUGGUGACCUAUCCUUGGGCCCCCCAGGGGCGAUUCACAAGCUACCUCCUGCCCCCGCCUGGCACCACUUCCCGCCCCGCUACGUGGAUGUGGGCUGCACAGGCCUCCGAGAUGCACAUGAGGAGAACCCUGAGAGCAUCCUGGAUGAGCAUGUGCAGCGGGUCCUGCGGACACCAGGCUGCCAGUCACCUGGGCCUGGCCACCGUUCCCCAGACAGUGGGCAUGUGGCCAAGAUGGCAACUCUGGGGGCUUCAGUCUCUGGGCAUGGGAAACACGUGCCCAAGUCAGCGGCGAAGCUGGAUGCAGUUGGCCUGCACCACCACCGGCAUGUCCACCACCACGUCCAUCACAGCACAGCCAGGCCCAAGGAACAGGAGGCUGAGGCCACCCGCAGGGCCCCCGGCAGUUUUGCUUGGGGUUCAGAGCCGCAUGGUCAUGGGGCAAAGCCCCGCAGCUACUCAGAGAGUGUGGGUGCUGCCCCUACUGCCAGUGAUGGCCUGGCCCACAGUGGGAAAGUGAGCGUGCCUUCCAAGAGAAACGCCAAGAAGACUGAGUUCGGGAGGAGUGCCAGUGCUGAGGUGCCAGGCCCUUCAGAGGACACGGAGAAGAACCAGAAGAUCAUGCAGUGGAUCAUUGAGGGCGAGAGGGAGGUCUGCAGGCACCGGAGGGCUGGCCACGGGUCUUCUGGCACAAAGAAGCUACAGCCCCAUGAGAGCUCCAGACCCUUGUCCGUUGAGCGCCCUGGGGCUGUGCACCCCUGGGCUGGCACUCAGCUCCGAACCUCCGUGCAGCCCUCCCACCUCUUCAUCCAAGACCCCACAAUGCCACCUCACCCAGCCCCCAACCCCUUGACCCAGCUGGAAGAGGCCCGCCGACGUCUUGAGGAGGAGGAGAAACGAGCCAGCCGGCUGCCCUCCAGACAGAGGUAUGUGCAGGAGGUUAUGCAGCGGGGACGCGCCUGCAUCAGGCCAGCAUGCGCGCCAGUGCUGAGCGUGGUACCAGCCGUGUCGGACAUGGAGCUCUCCGAGACAGAGACGAAGUCACAGCGGAAGGCGGGCGGGGGGAGCGCCCAGGUGUGCGACAGCAUCGUGGUGGCCUACUACUUCUGUGGGGAGCCCAUCCCCUACCGGACCCUGGUGAGGGGCCGCGCAGUCACCCUGGGCCAGUUCAAGGAGCUGCUGACCAAGAAGGGCAGCUACAGAUACUACUUCAAGAAGGUCAGCGACGAGUUUGACUGUGGGGUGGUAUUUGAGGAGGUCCGGGAAGAUGAGGCCGUCCUGCCAGUCUUCGAGGAGAAGAUCAUCGGCAAGGUGGAGAAGGUGGACUGACCAGCAUGGCUGCGGCGCCAGGCCGGGCCCUGGGGAUGGCCACACGGAGGACACACGCCGGCAAGGCGCACUGUGUCGGAACCAGGAGCCCCACCCUGUGCUCAGGAGCCCAGCACACAGGGCAUCGCUUGCGGACGCGGGUGUGGGCUGGGUCAGUGAGCCCCUACUCCUUCGGCCGUCUGUCUAGGUGGGCGGUCCCUCCGGGCUUGUCCCAUCGCUGAGGAGGACCCCUAUCCAUUCCCCAAAGCAAUACUUGACAUCUGGCCUGAGCCGGGCAGCCACGUGCUAGGGCCCUGCCUCCCCCAGGACCCGCCGGCAUAGUGUUCUGCUGGGCCCAGCCAGGCCCGGGUGUAAAUCAUACACGUCACCGAGUGCCUUCAACACAGCUUGUCUCGCCUGCCACUGUGUGAAUCCGGCGACCGAGCGCCGUGCCCUGUCUCCCGCCGCAUCUGUGGCGGGUUCCUCCUUUCCAAGGGCCCAUGUAAAUAUGUACAUUUCUCAGGCCAGGGCCAGCAGGGGGCUGCCUGAGCCCGUUUUUCAUGCAAUGACUUGUACAAUUAUCUUUUCAAAGGUACUUGGAUAAUAAUGAAAUAAAACUGUUUUUGAACCUCC